AUGGCCGUGAAGACAGCGACUGCGUUGGACCAAGUUCAUGUCACGGUGUCGCACUCCGUGCAAUGCGCUAACAACGGCGCAACGGCCGCACUGGGAUCGCCUUUCAAUCUUGGUCCAGCGAACUAUUUAGUGUUUCCCACCGUACCUAUUCAGGUUGUGCACCUGCAAUUCAACACGAGUGGUAAAGUCCCAGAGAUCAUUGAUCUAGACACCGGAGCAGAGCUUCCAGAAGCCUGGUGUAGCACCCGACUAGAUGAUAUUGCUUCGGCUUCCACUUCAGGCCGCAUCCUGAUGCCAAAUCUGCCCGCUUCUGGAAACGCCCUACUGCCACCUUUUGAUCGGAUGAUAGAAGGAGCCCUGUCGCGAUCCCAUUCUCGCGAUCAAGCAUACGCGUUCGUGCGCGACCUCGGCGAGAUAUACCGCGGGCCCCAGACCUCUGGUUCACACACAAACGCUACACCGAUCCUUUCCUCUCCCCCGGAGAUCCCUCCAUGCCUCUCAGAUCCAAACGUCAUGUCACCAGAAGAACGCCAGGAAACUCCCAACUACCAGCCAUUAGUCUUCUACACAGAGAAGGACAACGACGACAUCAGACAACAAGACCCUCCACCCCAAUCCGAAAGUAGUCCAGAGCCCCAAUCCCCCAAUAACCGGCCGCUUCCUUCGUUUCUCCUAGAUGCCCAAGAGGAUUAUGCAGAGAUUGUUAGUCUCCUCAUUAAGCACCCCAAUAAAACUACGGACCCAGUGGAUGUUCAGGGUAGGAUACCUUUGUCCCGUGCUGCAGAAGAGGGCCAUAUUGAAGUGGUCCGACUGCUCCUGGCGCGGGAGGACGUUGAUGCGAACUUUCGAGAUGCAGCUGGACGCACCCCACUUGCCUGGGCCGCCUGUGGAGGCCAUGAAGAUGUGGUGAAACUGCUGCUUGAUCGUCCGAAUGUUGAAGCUGAUACGAAAUGCGAUCGAAAUUGGACCCCACUCGCUCGAGAAGCGCAAGAGGGCCAUGAAGAGGUGGUGAAGCUUUUACUAGGACGUGAAUGUAUUGAUAUUCAUUUUAAAGCUGACGAAGGGUGCGAUCCUCUGGAUCAUGCAUCUACGGGAGGGCAUGAAGGGUAA